GCUGGUUGGAGACGAGCAUGCUUUGAUGUCGGUCUUGUUGACUUGUAUUCUGGGAAAAACACAACCUUUAGUUCAUUAGGGGAUGGAUAAAUGAUAAAAUCUCUCUCUCUCUCUUUUCUGUAUCUCAUUUCUGAUUCUGUGCAGGCAUGUGUAUCAGGAAGAAUCACAGCUUCUUUUUCUUUGUCCUCCUUUGCUUCUUCUGUAGCCAAUAUCGGCUUUCCCAUGGAGCUAAUCACACACUCUCUGUAAAUCAAACGCUUUCCGGAGAUCAAACCAUUGUGUCAGCAGGUGGAAUAUUCGCACUUGGCUUCUUCAGACCAGGUAAGGACUCCAACAAAAACUACAUAGGAAUAUGGUAUAACAAUCUCCCUAUUACUCAAACUGUGGUUUGGGUAGCAAAUAAAGAUAAUCCCAUCUCAGAUAGAUAUUCCUCGCAACUCAGAAUCUUAAAUGGUAAUUUGGUGCUUCUCAACGAAUCUCAAACAUCUAUCUGGUCCACCAACAUCUCAUCUUCUUCAUCAUCUCCAGUUGAAGCGAUCCUAGGUGAUGAUGGUAAUUUUGCGCUAAAGGACAUGUCAAAUUCGACAGUUUGGCAGAGCUUUGAUUAUCCAGUCCACACAUGGUUGCCUGGUUCAAAGCUUUCAUAUAACAAACUCACUAAAACGCACCAGAUCCUCACUUCCUGGAAAAACUCGGAGGAUCCUUCUGAUGGGUUAUUUUCCCUUGAACUGGAUGAAAAAAACAGUCAAUAUCUUAGUCGGUGGAAUAGAUCCAAGCAGUACUGGACUAGCGGCCCAUGGGAUGGGAAGAUCUUCAGCUUGGUGCCGGAGAUGAGGGCUGACUUCCUCUUCAAUUUCAGCUAUGUUAACAAUGUGAACGAGAGUUACUUCACAUUUAAGAUGUAUGAUCCUAAAGGUAUUUCUCGAUUCUUUAUGGAUGUAGCGGGGCAAAUCAGGGUAGUAAGUUGGGUGCAGGGUGUUGGAUGGAAUUUGUUCUGGAACCAGCCAAGAACACAGUGUGAGGUUUAUGCUUUAUGUGGAGGAAAUGGAGCCUGCAAUGAGAUCACUCCUCCAUUCUGCAAUUGCUUGGAUGGGUUCCAUCCCAAGUCACAGGAUGAUUGGGAUCUCAAUGAUUUUUCAGGUGGCUGUGUUAGGAAGUUUGAUUUGCAAUGCGGAAAUAUUAAUAAUAAACGUAAAGAUGGGUUCAAGCUGUUCACCAACAUGAGAUUGCCUGAGAAUCCAAGGUCUUUGUCCAAUGAAACGGAUAUUGGGACAUGUGCAUCUUCCUGCCUCAAUGACUGUUCCUGCACUGCUUAUGCUCUCGACAACAACGUAUGUUCGGUUUGGAAUACAGAGUUGUUGAAUCUACAAACGCUCGCUCAAAACAACGGUAAUGGCAGGAGUAUUUAUAUCAGACUUUCUGCCCAAGAGUUUUCCAGUGGCAAGAGAAGCUUUGGAACAAUUAUUGGUGCUGUUGUGGGCUCAGUAGCUGCUGUUAUACUUGUUUCAGUCAUCGUGUGGUGCAAGAAAAAGAGGUCAGUUGGCAUGUCAAAGGUGGAAGGCUCCUUGAUCUCGUUUGUCUAUCGGGACUUGCAAAAUGCCACCAAAAACUUCUCAGAGAAACUAGGAGGUGGAGGGUUUGGUUCCGUUUUCAAAGGGACGUUGCCCGAUUCAACAUUGAUAGCGGUUAAGAAGCUGGAUAGUAUCAGCCAAGGAGAGAAGCAAUUCCGGACUGAAGUGAGUACCAUUGGGACCGUUCAACAUGUUAACCUAGUCCGGCUUCGAGGGUUCUGCUCAGAAGGCAAAGAGAAGUUGCUCGUUUAUGAGUACAUGCCAAAUGGCUCUCUGGAUUCCAUUCUUUUCCACCCAAAGGAUUCAAAAUCUGGUUUGGACUGGAAAACCAGGUACCAAGUUGCCAUUGGAAUGGCUCGGGGAUUGUCUUACUUACACGAGAAGUGUCGCGACUGCAUUGUCCACUGCGAUAUAAAACCCGAAAACAUCCUUCUAGACUCCGGGUUCUGUCCCAAGGUGGCAGAUUUUGGCCUGGCAAAGCUCAUAGGCCGAGAUUUCAGCAGAGUGCUGACGACACUGAGAGGUACACGAGGCUAUCUUGCUCCAGAAUGGAUAUCGGGAGUAGCCAUAACAGCAAAAGCUGAUGUCUAUAGCUACGGGAUGAUGCUAUUCGAGUUGAUAUCAGGGAGAAGGAAUUCUGACCCGUCUGAAGAUGGGAAAGUAAAAUUCUUCCCGACAUGGGCUGCCAAUUUGGCUAUAGAAGGGGGGGAUAUUCUAAGCCUGUUGGAUCCUAGACUUGAUAGAGAGAGCGCGGAGGCAGAGGAGGUGAUGAGAAUUUGUAGGGUGGCUUGCUGGUGCAUACAAGAUGAGGAAGGGCACAGGCCUACAAUGGGUCAAGUGGUCCAGAUCCUUGAAGGGGUCUUAGACGUGGAACCGUGUCCUGUUCCACGGGCUCUUCAAGUCAUAGUGGAAAACGAGGAAAACAUAGUUUUCUUCACAGAAUCAUCUUCUUCGUCCUCUUCAAAUAAAACCUCACAAAUCCAAAGCAUUUCUUCAUCCGUGAGUGCUGCUUCCAAGUCCUGAAACAUUGGACACUGAGAAUGAACUCUCUUGUUUGUAAACCCAAUAAAUAAUUGGUAGAAUGUUUUCUAUAUGUCCAUUUUUGUUUCAUUAUGGUUAGUGUUACA